CAGCGCCGCGGCGGUCCGUUCGAACUGGCGUGUAGGGUAGUUGAGUGGUUUCUGGUUGUCAACUGUUUUCUUAUCUUUAAUAAAUUAAAUGGAUAACAGGAAUUAUCAUAAUCAGAACUUGAAUAAAUUUCACAAUGAGACUCAAAGACAAGCUGUGAGGGACAACACACAUCAUCAACAAUAUUCUUUCCAUCAGUCGAAUAAACUUUCCCAUUCGCGAUUUAGACAAAAUAUUCCAUCAAACGAAGGUCAUGAGAGUGAUCAAAUUCAGGCCUUUCCACCGAUAUAUCCGACACAGCAAAAUUGGCAGGAGCAUCAUACAUCAAGGUUAUCAAAGAGUUGGCCUGAUUCAGGUGACAGGAGGACAGAAUGGCAACAGAGAGAUCAAUACACGGCAGAAACAGAUACUAGCCAUAGGUUUAAUAGGAAUGACUCCACUUGGUCUCAAAGUUACUCACAACCAAGCCAAGCUUACAAUAAGCAACAGGUACAACCCCAGAGGUUUGGCAAUGAUCCCGGAAUGAGCAGCAGCCAUCAGGAGAAAAUGUUUCCCCAUCGAAGUGAGUACAGUGAUUGUAAUAGAUCAAGAUUUCAGGAUAGUGGAAUAACAAAUGAGUCUGUUCCAGGGAAUAUCAGAAGGACUGACUCCACUAGAGAAGGACGACGUUCCGAGAAAACUGCAGCUUAUGAAGACCUGCAAAUGAAUAAAUUCAACCAACAGAAACCAAAUUAUCAACAGCAGUUCAGUAGUAACAGAAGACGUGAGGGAUCCUCCUCAUCACGGUCCUCAUUUGACAGGCAGUCGCCUUACAGACGUCGGUCAAGAAGUAGGUCACCACGGCAUAGGUCACACCAUCCGUCUGCAUCUGGAUCACAGCGAUCUGGCAGAUCCAAGCUGCCAUCUGGUUCACGAAGUUGCAAAAGUCCAUUACAAAAAGAACAUCGUGGGUCGAGGGAUGAAAAUCGUAGAUCACGAAGAGACAAGCUAUCACCAAUACCAGGAGAGAUAAGAGAAAGUACACCAAUGAAUACUGAGGGGUUACAAGAUGAAGUAUCACCUACAAGAUCUUUAUCAAGAAAAGAUAGGUGGGACAACCUUGAAAAGGAAGCUGCAUUUUUUAACUCGUCUCAAGGCAGCAAGGAAAAGAUAAAAGAUGAUGAUGGAGAAGAGAAGCAGUCCACUCCCCCAUGGAUACAGUGCUCCCCAAAAGAAAACUUCUACACCAGUGAGGCUAGCAAACAGAAGAACCAAUCUACAAUGGCUGCUACAUCCAAACUAAUUGAGCUGCUUGAUAAGUUUCAAACACAGAUAGUAGAAAGAGGCAAGAGAUUACGGGAUAAACAACCCCCUGUACAACUUCCAGCACCGAAACGGCAUUGGCACGUACAUAAGGACUGUUCUGACUCAUCAUCAUCGUCCUCUGACUCAAGUUCCUCAGACAGUGACUCUGAAGACUAUGAUCCACUGGAGACAUUCAAGAUCAAGGAACAACAUCCAUACCGUCUGCACAAGAAUCUCUGGUACAAUGAUGCAGGAGAGCUUAAUGAAGGUCCAUUGUGCAGUUGCAGUCCAUCUGCAAGGAAAAUAGGCAUCCAGCACAACAUAUUUCCUGGCGAAACCCCUUUCCCUUUAUGUAACCCCCUUACCAAUAAUGCUGGGAAACUUCACCACUACCGAAUCACAAUGUCUCCAGCUAAAAACUUUUUGACACAUCAGCCAACAGUAAUAGAAUAUGAUGACAGGGAGUACAUAUUUGAAGGCUUCUCUAUGUUCUCACAUUUCCCUUUAGAUGAGAUCCCUACAUGCACUGUCAUCAGAUUCCAGAUUGAGUACACGAUACAUUUUCUACCUGAAGCUAUGCCAGAGAAUUUUACAGUUUGUGGCAUGGACUUAUUUGCUAAUUUCCUGUUUGAUGAGUUGCUUGAACUUCUUGACUUCCAUUACAAAGCAAAAGAAGGCUGUCAGCUAUUCCAUUUCAUGCCUCGGUUUGCCCGCUCCCUCCCAAACAACGGCAAAGAGAUUCUUUCUAUGCACCAUGUGAUGCAGGCUUUAAUACGAAAAGGUCGUAGCUUCACAGAUGUCCUGGAAGAGAUGAAUUGGAGGGAGUAUGAUGACAUCGACUGGCAAAGUUUUGCAGAAGACAUGAAGAACUCAAUUCUGACAUACCCUGGCAAGAAACCAAGUUCGGUUCGAGUUGACCAGAUUGAUAGGGAGGAAGAAGAAAUUGACAAAGCACGCCCAUUCCCAACCAUCGUUCAUUUUGGAGUGAGACCUGUUCAGCUCACCUAUGCUGGGGAUCAUCAGUAUCAAAAGCUGUUUAAGUCCAUCUUGAAAUUACAGCAUCUCAUAUCCAAUAAGCCCAAAGUGACGCCAGCCGACCGACGAAAACUCACCGAAAGGUCUGAACAACUGCAGGCCAUAAGACUCUCAAAGAAUAUGUCACGUGAAGUUACUGCAGAACUCAACUGUGACGGUGCUUAUGUGACAGGGUUAAAAUCAGACAUCUGCCAGCAUGCGUUAAUGCUUCCAGUUCUGGUGGAUCAUAUACGAUACUUUGCUUGCCUUCACAAUUUAGAGAAAUGUAUAGGUUAUGUAUUCAAAGACAAGGUCCUAUUAAAGCAUGCAAUGACUCAUCCAUCUUAUGGUCAGGGUUACGGGAUGAACCCCGACCAUGUAAGAAAUUCACUUUACAACUGUGGAAUGCGCCACCCAGACUACGGGGACGAGAAGGGUAAGCAAGAAAUGUACAACCGUAAGAAGGGUAUCAACAUUCUCAUUAACACAAUGUCCAAGAUGGCCCAAGAUGAUGAAACGCCCUCGCACAUCCAUCAUUAUGAACGUCUGGAAUUCCUCGGUGACGCAGUUGUUGAGUUUAUCACCAGCACCCAUUUGUAUUUACUGUUCCCGGAUAUUGAGGAAGGGGGACUGGCAACCUUCCGUCAGGCUAUUGUGCAGAAUCAACACCUUUCUGUCCUAGCUAAGAAAUUGAAGCUGGAUCACUAUCUUCUAUAUGCACAUGGACCAGAUCUCUGCCGUAAAUCUGACCUUCGACAUGCCAUGGCUAACUGCUUUGAAGCUCUGAUGGGUGCUAUGUAUCUUGAGUCAGGCCUUGAGUAUGUUAAUAAGACAUUCUCAUCUGUCUUGUUUGAUGGACAACAACUGAGGAAUAUUUGGAACAGAUGUCCAAAGCAUCCUUUACAGAUUGAAUGCCCUGAUGGUGACCGGCACAUGUUACAAUCCUAUCCCAUCCUUCAGAAACUCAAUCAAUUUGAAGAUGCAACUGGUAUCUAUUUCAAAAAUAUUCGCCUUCUAGCUCGUGCAUUCACUCAAAGAACUGUGGGAUACAACAAUCUUACAAGGGGACACAACCAGCGUAUGGAGUUCCUGGGAGAUUCCGUCCUCCAGAUCAUUACGUCCUGUUACCUUUAUAGGCACUUUCCCGACCACCAUGAAGGACAUUUAUCGCUUCUCCGAAGUUCUCUUGUAAACAACCGAACCCAAGCAACAGUGGCCCGUGAGUUAGGCCUAGAGAACUACAUUAUUGAUGUUGAUACACGGAGUAAAAAACCCGGACCACAGCCUACUAAGACACUAGCUGAUUUACUAGAAGCAUUUUUAGGUGCUCUCUAUGUUGACCGUGGACUUGAGUUCAUCAAGGUGUUUUGUGAAGUGUGCUUCUUCCCAAGACUGAGUGAAUUUAUUAGAAGUCAAGAUUGGAACGACUCAAAGUCACAGCUUCAACAGUGCUGUCUGACGCUACGACAAGAAAACAAAGAACCUGAACUACCAACCUACAAAGUUAUUCAACAGACUGGUCCGACCAACUCGCGCCGUUACACAGUUGCUGUCUAUUUUAGGAACAAACGUAUUGGAACUGGCACAGCUUCGAAUGUUCAAGAUGCACAGAUGGCUGCAGCAAAAAAUGCCCUUGAGAACUAUGACUUUCCCCAGCUUCAACAUCAGAAGCAGCUUCUGGGGAAGGUUCACAUGGAUCAACAACCAUCAAAGAAUGAAAGGAGAGAUAAAACCCAAGGGAGAAGUAAAGAGAGAAUGAGAGAUGAAAGAGAUAGAGAACGAAGGGAUGGAAGAAGUAGGGACCGAAGGAAAGAUGAUCGAAGGGAUGAUGAUGACCGGUAUAGGGAAAGAGAAGGUGAGAGGCCAUUCAAAAGAAGGACAAUGGACUCAACAUGGUAGCUAGUGCAAAAUGAGAUAUCAGUAUUUAUAUUUAUACAAAUUGUUUUAGCAAUGUUUUAUGUGCAAAAAGUGGUGUGUUCAUCAAUGAUAUUUCAGAAGUUCAGUCAUAAGACAUGGCUUCGGGGAGUUACAUACAUGUACUCGUAUAGGACAAGAAGUUAUGAAAUUAUUAAUCAAUCAGUCAAUUGGAUAUUUAUAUGAUACAUCCAUAGUAGAUGGAAUUAAAACAGAAGAUGAAGGAGGGUUAUCAUGUUAUUUUUCAAAAACAGAACUUGGUCCUAAUCAUAGUCAAGGGUCAUUGAUUUCUCCUGGAACUAUGAAAAUGUGUGUAUUCAUGAUGUAGUCUAUUAUGAGGUGCUUGAAAAUAAAGCAAUAAAAAACAACUCAGUUUUACUGUAGCCUCUUUUUAUUCCCUUCAAAGCAUCACAUCAUUGAUAUGCAUAGAAUUAUUCCAGAUAGCAUCUAUGCAUAGGCUAGCAUAUUUCAACCAAAUACAGCAUUUUUAAAUAUAUCUCAUAUUUAGAUUCAAAUAAUAAAAAGACAUGGAAUCCUUGGUCCGCUUUUGAAUAGGGAUUAUUCUUUCCUCAAUUAAACAGAAUGCAAGCACCAGUUAUGCCACCUACAUACGGCUACAGGUUUACAAGCCCAUUUUAUAUAGUUGAUGGAAACCUUCAGACUAUUCUACUACAGUGAUACU